UUCUUCUUCUUCUUCUUCUUCUUCUUAGUACAAGUAUUAGUCUAGUGGUUUCAUUUGCUUCUACCAUCUUCGUUUAACUCCAAUGGCGACGACUACCAAAACCCUGAAGCUGAAGCCAAAACCCAGAUCUCCAAUUUUGAUUCUCUUCGUCUUCUUCUCUCUCAUUGCAUUUCUUUGCAUGUUCUCAUCUCUUCUCUCAACAAAUGGCUUCUCCUUCUCUUCCUCAUUUUCCUUCAGAAAUUUAAAAAGACCGAGGAACAAGAGAGAGCACACUCUCCAAGAAAAGUACUUGUAUUGGGGUAAUAGAAUUGACUGCCCUGGUAAAAUCUGUGAACCUUGUGCCGGCCUUGGUCAUCAAGAAUCUAGCCUUAGGUGUGCCCUUGAAGAAGCCUUGUUUUUGAAAAGAACUUUGGUCAUGCCUUCUAGGAUCUGUAUCAAUCCGAUGCACAAUGCAAAAGGCAUCCUUCAUCAGUCUAACAAUAAAAGUUCAGAGGAAAGGUGGGCAGAUGAAUCUUGUGCUAUUGAAUCUUUGUACGAUGUGGAUCUUAUAUCUGAAACUGCACCAGUCAUUCUAGACAACUCAAAAAUGUGGUAUCAGGUGCUAAUGACAAGUAUGAAGUUGGGAGUUAGAGGGGUUGCGCAUGUGGAAGGUGUUAGUCGGGCUGAUCUCAGAGAUGAUACUCGCUACUCAAAGCUCUUGCUCAUUAAUCGAACUGCUAACCGCCUGUCAUGGUUUAUGGAAUGCAAGGAUCGAAAAAACCAUAGUGCUAUAUUGCUGCCACAUUCAUUUCUUCCAUCAAUGGCUGCAGAAAAAUUGAGGGAUGCAGCUGAACAGAUAAAGGCACUCCUUGGUGAUUAUGAUGCCAUGCAUGUACGUAGAGGUGAUAUACUAAAAACCAGGAAGGACAAGAAUGGGGUUGAAAGGACCCUGCAUCCUCAUCUGGACAGGGAUACACGCCCAGAGUUUAUCCUCUGCAGGAUUAAAGAAUGGGUUCCACCUGGGCGGACUCUUUUUAUUGCUUCAAAUGAGAGAACACCUGGAUUCUUUUCACCACUCUCUGUCAGAUACAAAUUAGCAUAUUCAUCUAACUUCAGCCAGAUCCUAGAUCCCGUGAUUGAGAAUAACUACCAGUUAUUCAUGGUUGAGAGGCUUGUCUUGGCUGGAGCCAAAACAUACAUUAAAACAUACAAGGAAGAUGAUAUCGAUCUCAGCCUCACUGAUGAUCCAAAGAAGAACACGAAGAAUUGGCAAAUACCUGUCUAUACCCUGGAUAGAGAUCAGGAGUGCUGAUAUAACACUUACCUGAGUUCCCUUUAUGAUUCAGCUGACUACUUUUCCACUGAUUACAGGCUCUCAGAUGUAUGACCGUACUUCCAAGCCAAGAUAUGCGCAUACAGUGUGUUAUUGAAAUAUUGUAGCUUGAUGAAAGAAUCAAGAUUGUGAGUGAAAAAGAGAACCUCACUGAUUGGCUCUGUAAAUUGUGGUAAAUUGCAGUGAUAAAGUGUUAUACGGGAUUGUAUGUGUUGUUCAAUCACAUUCUUUUAAAAUUACUGAGAAAUUGAAAUCAAAUUUUUUGUGUACA